AUGAAUAAUUGCGGUUCCAAAAUUGAUGACCCAAACGACGAGGAGCUGUUUCGAGUGUUCGAUCUGAGCCAAUGGAAAGGAUUGCAAUUCGAUAAUGAAAUUGCCUUUCCCAGUGACGAGGACAUGGUGUCGUUGGGGACCUUAAUAUUGAUAGAAAAAGCCAUCAGCCAAUUAUCGAUUUGUAACAACAGCGAAGAAGAUAAUGAUGUUAAAUUGCAAAGGUUGUCGUUGGCGCACGAAAGGCUGCACAAUAUGCCCAAGGUUUUGUUGGAACAAUUAGCGCCUACUGUUAGGAUAUUAGAUAUUAGUUAUAAUGAAUUCGAAAGUUUAGAUUUUCUCGAAUAUUUCCCGGAACUGACCACGUUGAUCUGUGAUCAUAACAGCAUCACCUCUGAUGACUUUUUACCGCAUUUACCGAAAUUAGAAUUGUUAUGGAUGAACCACUGCAAAAUAUUAGAUUUAUUCAAGUGGAUUUAUCAACUAAGCCUCUCUUGUCCAAACCUCAAGUAUUUAUCACUAAUGAGCAAUCCCGGAACCCCUUUUCGUCCAGGAGGAAGAAACACCAAAGAACAAAUCCAAUACAGAUUGUUCGUCAUAUCAAUGUUCCCGAAAUUGGUGCACCUGGACGACAGGUCUGUGUCUAAUGAUGAGCUAAAGAAAUCCCGCAAAUUGUAUCACAAACAUAUCAUAAACAUUUUGGCGGAGAAGGUGCAACAGAACCUGCCCGAUUGCGUGAAGGGCUUCAAACGAAAACCGCUCGAGCACGCUGCGAAACCGCAGCAAAAAAACUUCAUCGUUUGA